AACUAGCUUGGUUGGGUUUAACCAGUCAUCACUGCAAUAACUGAACAACCGCGUCAAGACUCAACUACCAACUACGUUUGUGCCCCGAAACUGGGCUUCUUUGAUUACUUUUGAUCGGACAAGAGACCAGGUCGUCAGGAACAUGAAAGGCACUAAGGUUGCAGUGGUGGGAAGUGGAAUUUCAGGAGCUGUGUGCGCAUCAAGUCUUGCCAGAAAUGGCCUCUCCGUGACAUUGUUUGAGUCUGCUAGAGGCCCAGGUGGCCGUAUGUCCCAAAGAAGAGAAAAUGUCGAAGAUGGGAAGGAGCUAUUGUUUGACCAUGGUGCUCCAUUUUUCACUGCCAACAACACCGAGGUUCUGAAUCUUGUCUGUGAGUGGGAAUCAAAGGGUCUGGCAGCUAUCUGGAAAGAGAAGUUUGGCUCUUUUGAUCGCACGUUAAACAAAUUUGUUGACCUAGAACAGGAAGGAUUAAUAAGUAAGAGGUAUGUGGGCAUCCCAGGGAUGAAUUCUAUAUGCAAAGCAUUAUGCCGUGAGCCUGGCAUUGAAAGUAAGUUUGGCACGAGUGUCGGCAGAUUGGAGUGGCUAGAGGAUCAAAAUUUGUGGUCACUGAUUGGUUUGGAUGGUCAGAAUCUUGGUCAGUUCAAGGGAGUGAUUGCAACAGAUAAAAAUAUAGUUUCACCCAGGUUUACAAGUGUUACAGGAAGAGCGCCACCUCUUGAUUUGAAAUUAUUUCCAGAGUUAGCAGUUAAGUUAAAUGACAUUCCUGUGCGGCCAUGCUUUGCUCUAAUGAUAGCCUUUGCAGAACCUCUGACAUCGAUACCCUUUAAAGGUUUCUCAAUAAAAGAUUCUGAAGUUUUAAGCUGGGCUCAUUGUGACAGCAGCAAACCUGGCCGUUCUACCUAUAGUGAGCGAUGGGUUCUGCAUUCUACGAUGGAGUAUGCUCAGAGAAUAAUUGCUCAAACUGGACUUCAGAAGCUUUCAGAUGCAACAUUGACUAAAGUGGCUGAAGAACUAUUCCAAGAAUUACAAAGCCUGGGACUUAAUAUUUCUCAUCCCUUUUUCAAGAAAGCUCAUAGAUGGGGAAGCGCUUUUCCAGCUACAAGCAUAGCCAGAGAGGAGAAAUGUCUUUGGGAUGGGAACAAGAGGCUUGCCGUCUGCGGUGAUUUCUGUGUUAGUCCAGAUGUUGAAGGUGCUAUAACUAGUGGCCUGGCCGCAGCUUCCAAACUUUCGGAGCUCUUCAGCUGCUUGUGAUAAUUGGUGUUUAUGACUAAUGAACUUAACAAGUAAUUUGCUUUUGUUUCCUCUGGAUUCACUUUUCAUUGCAUUAAUUUUGUAACAUGAUCGGACUUGACCGAAAAAUAAUCUCAAUGCUGUAAGCAUAUUGCUAUCUAAAUUUGGUAUUCAAUUGUAAACUAUAGAAGAACAUAGUGUUAAACUCA